GUUUAGAUCGACAAAACAUGGUUCGUAAACUGAAAGCGAGUCAGGCUUGUCCCACGUUGACAAAAGAUGCGAUAAGCCAAUUACCUAAUGAUUUGACAUGCCAGAUACUUUCUCUUCUCUCCACAAAGGAAGCUGUUAAGACUAGUGUUUUGUCUACUAGAUGGAGACAUCUUUGGCUUUCGCUUCCUUGUUUGGAGUUAAAAUCCAGGGAGUUUUUAGAUCUCAAAAACUUUACGAGUUUCGGCGACAGAUUCUUCGAUUCCACUAGGGUUUCAUGCAUACAGGAAGUCAAGUUAACGAUUCAUAAAAAAGACGUUAGUGAUGGUUAUUUUCUCACGUCAUGGUUUGAUGCUGCGGUUAAGCGUAAGAUCCAACAUCUACAUGUUGGUUCUUACUCUUACGCAGACCGUAGAUUUAACAAGAUGCCGCAGAGAGUUUAUAACUGUGAGACACUGGUAUGCUUAAAGCUCUUUCAGGUGACCUUGUCUGAUGCUGAGUUUGUUUCCUUACCUAGCCUGAAGACUAUGCAUUUAGAAUAUAUCGAGUUUCCUAAUGAGGCAACUUUUGAGACGCUUGUCUUAUGCUCCCCCGUGCUGGAAUGUUUAAAGAUUGUCGUGGCUAGUGACGAUGAAAAAGUAUUUCGGGUGCACUCUCGGUCAUUGAAGAGGCUCACUUUCGAACGAGUUUCUCCUUUCCUGUUUGAUUCAGCAGGAGUUGUUAUUGAUGCUCCUCGUCUAUGCUUUUUGAGCAUCAACGAUAACAUAUCAAAAAGUGUCAUAAUACACAAAUUGGAGUCCAACGCCGUCUUACAAAUGUCUCUCCUCGGUAUCAUCUGUUUGGAAGAAUUUGAUGAUGAGUUUUUCGACGAUAUUUAUGAAGUAAUCGUUUCAUCGAAGAUAAGUAACAUCCACAAGUUUCUUCAUGGGAUCUCGAUGGCUAGGAGUAUGAAAAUAUGUAGAGGCACCUUAAAGAUUAUGUGUCACUACUCGAAACUCGAACCGUUUCCUCAGUUUAGUAACAUGUCCUACCUGGAUAUCACUCUUUAUCCACGCGAUUUUAAAUGGUUACCAGCCUUUCUUGAGAGCUUCCCAAACUUGAAGUACCUCGCCUUGGUAUGCGAUGACAGAAAAGGUGGUUUUAGUGAGGACAUUGAUCAAGUGAGUUUCUCAUCUGUGCCUGAGUGUUUGCUAUCGUCUCUUGAGUUUGUUGAGUUGAUAGCACCAGUCCAGUAUGAUGUUGAAUUGAAGCUGGUAAAGUACUUGUUAAAGAAUUCGGCUGUCCUCGAGAAACUCAUUCUACGUUUGGCUUCUUAUAAUUCAAGAAGAGACUAUAUGUUGAAGAAACUACUCAAAAUACCAAGAGUCUCUACCAAAUGUAAAGUCGUCAUCCUCUGAUUUGUAGUGAGAGUAUCGUGAGGUUUGUCUCUGACAUGUUAAAAGGUUGCAAGGCUUUUAUUUGAAAAAA